UAUACGUAUCGAAAACGUUGUCGAUUACAUAUUUUGCGUGAAACUGAAUAGGCCACCGCAGUGCCUCCCACUGCAAGGAAUUCAAUAUAUAUUUUUCGUUUUUCCCGUAAUUUCAUAAUUUAUAGGUUUACGUGUGUAUUCAUUGUGCUUGUGAAAUCAACAAACAUUCAAGAUGAUGAACCAAUAUAUAAAAGAGUUAGAACAAGACCCAUUUGAUCCAGACGAGUUUGUCGAGAGAAUGGUUAGACGGAGCAUGCAAGAGUCGAGACUCAAGGAUGAUGAAUUUGACCCGGAAAUGAUACAUGACAUAUUCACUCAAGCAAUACAGGACUUAAAGGUGCUGCAAGAAAGGCAAGAGAGAAAAUGCGCAAGAUUAGAACAGUCAGUACAGGAAGAGGAAAAAUUAUACGGAGCCAAGCUGGCAGAGAUCAUGGAACAGCAUACUCAUUGCGUUAACGUAUUCAGCUCUCUUGACGAGCGUAUGUCCCGUUGCGGAGGCCGAGCGCUUGAUGUGGGCGAGAAGCUAGGCGCGGCCCGGGCUCCGCGGGCCCGUGCCGCCGCCGCCCGGGACUUGUUGGCCCAUCUAGCCCACUUUCUGAGCCCUGGACCGGUGCAUACGGAGUUAUUCAACGACCCUAGCAAGCUUAAUGAAGCAGCCGACGUCAUCCAGAAACUCCACACCAUCGCCCAAGAACUACCCCCAGACAAAUUCGAAGUAGCCAAGAAGAAAAUCGAAGCCAAAUAUGAUGAGAUAGAACGGAACCUUAUAGAGGAGUUCGUGAAAGCGCAGAACCAAGGGGAUAUGGCUAAGAUGAAAGAUAUCGCUAAUAUUAUGACGAACUUUAAGGGGUAUUCGCAGUGUGUCGAUGCGUUUAUUGAGACUAGUCAAAUGAACACGCUAAUGGGCAAGGAUAUCUUUGCUUCUGUCCUACCUCUCUGCAAGAAGAACUACAACAUCAUCAGCGUAGUAUUCUCGAACCCAGAGCAGGUGAUGAGUAAGUUCGUGCUGAACAUCUUCCACCUGAAGCUGCAGAAGUACAUUCAGACCAAACUAGCUGACAAGAAUGACGUCGAGAAAUACUUGAGGAAUCUUUAUGAUAUGUAUACAAGCACUCAAAAAGCUUGCGACGACCUAGUGUCAGCCGGUUUCAUAUCAGACACCGGUAACCCAUCACCCGGGUCCCUCCGUCGCUCAGCGCUGGUAAACGGCGCGUUAGCGGGCGCAGGUGACGGUUACCCAGCGCUUGAGGGUCGCCGGUUACGGGCGCUGCUGUCUAGCCUACUGCACUCUUAUUACAGUGACAAGGGGCAUGUGAAGCGGCAGAUACAGGGCGCAGGAUUCCAGGAACUGCGACGCGAUUUGCAAGCGGUAAUCGGGACCCGAGCGAACAUAAACAUCGCUCAGAUCGAAAAUUACGGUGGCGAGACGUUCCUGAGCGAUACUCUCGUUAGUAGGAUACUGAGCGAAGCGAAGACGUCGUUCACUAGGUGCAAAACGUUAUGCACUCCCAACGAGCUCCCCGGCACCGCGACUGCUCUCUUAGACGUCCUCAUCCAACAUUUGCUGGUCGAACACGUUGACUACGCACUAGAUUUGGGCCUGCAGUCCAUACCCAUUGCCGAGAGCAAGUCUCCACCGCAGAUUUACUUCUUUGACACGGUGAAAGAAUGUAACAAAAUAGUGAAAAUGUUUGAGGAACAUUUUCAAGAAUCAGUCCUGCCUUGUAUGAAAGUCAACCCUCAAAAACGUUCCACAGCCAAGCAGACCGAAUGUGUGAACAAGAAGACUACUAUAAUGGAGCAGUUAGAAGCCAAACUAGAUGCUGGGUUAGAACGAGCUAUAUCAGCCAUUGUUGGCUGGGUCAAGUUGCAUCUACAGACAGAACAGAAGAAGUCGGACUUUAAACCUGAGGGGGACGUCGAUACCUUGGCUUCUCCUGCGUGUCAAUCCGUAGUGUCCUACCUGAACACCGUGAUGGAGAAGAUCCACUCCGGUCUAGAAGGCGAGAACCUGCAAGCAGUGACCCUGGAGCUGGCCAUCCGACUCCACAGGGUCAUAUACGAGCAUCUGCAGAACUUCCAGUUCAAUUUCGCUGGGGCCAUGGUAGCGAUCUGCGACGUGAAGGAAUACCGUUCGGCCGCGUGCGGGCGAGGCGCGCGCGCCGCGCCACCUCCCGCGCAUGCGCUGUUCGACGCGCUACACGCUCUCUGCAAUCUACUGCUCGCUAAACCUGAGAACCUGCACCAGGUGUGCGAAGGAGAGACCCUUGCGGAGCUGGACCACUCAAUCCUGCUCAACUUUAUCCAGCUACGUUCAGACUACAAGAGCCACAAGUUAUCCAGCUUCCUCAAGGGACUGUCGUAAUUUUGUUUAAGCUAGUGGGGGCAAGAUUUAACAAAUGACGUUAUUUUAAAGACCACAUAAGAGUCGGCGUUUCGGUCUAAUAUAUGGCUUCUGCUCAACGCAACGUUGGCAUUGACGCAAGCAUGGCGACCACAUUUUCCUUUACGCUGACUGGACGCUUACGCUCAAAAGACGCUAGUGUGGGAUGGCGUUCAAAGAGUUAUAUUUCAUUCUAAAAUACCUAAGUUAAGUAUUAUAGGUUUCAUUAAAUCCUUGGUAUUUUAAUGUUAAAAUAAAUUAUAAUUAUGCACACAUGUUCUGUAUGUAAUAUUUUGAAAAACGAAGUUCACAACAUUGUAUUUUAGAUGUGUAACUUGGUCCUUAGCACACCUCAAUAAGCAUGAUUUUCAAUGAACUCAUGGUAUACUUACUCAAGUUCAGAGUUCGAAAAUUAAUUUUUAUUAAUUGUAUAGUCGCGCCUAAAUAUAAUUUUGUUUUUAAUUUGCUGGUAGUUGCCAGUCUAUAUUAAAUUAUUUGUCUUUGCGAAAGGGUAUCAUUAAAAGCUAAUUAUGUACAAUAACCGCAAUUUUUAUUUGUUUACCAAGUUUUUACAUCGUAGAAAAAAUGUCCACCGAUCUUAACCCGUUGUAAGAUAACAUUAUUUUUAAUUAUGUUACUCAUAUUAUUUUCAUUAUUUGCUUAAUUGUUAUAACUUGUUUAUACAUAGAUAAGAGUUAUAAAUUAUUGUUGUCUGUCA